UGGGCUCCCCAUGGUGUCCAAACGAUCCUUCGUCCACAUCCCCCCUGCAUUCCUCUCACACGGCGCCGGGCCUUUCUCCCUGCCGCCCUGCCCGCGAAACCUCGAGCCGUCGUGCCGCACGGGAGCAGCGUCGCAAGUGUAGGCCCGAGCGAGCACCACUUGUAAACCGGGGUGCGCGAGUCGGCGUGCCCGCGUGCCUCAUCCAGCCUUCUCGGGAGUGUCAGUGGAUGGGGCGGAGAACAGGCCGCGCGGAUCAUCGUCAUGGAAGACGCCACGCGGGUCGCACGGAUGCGGUGCCUCGACUAGUCAUUGUCGAGCGCGGUUCCGUUCCCGCUUCCCGUUCCCCGCUCCGCAGCUCCUCCAUCCCCACGCAUCGGCAAUCGCGUGCCGCGCUGCCCUUGCCCUUGCUGUAGCAUCCUCCCGAGUUCCCCACCCCACCCGCGCGCUGCCCCCAAUGACCGCCGUCGCGUUGGCGCGCAGAGCGUCGUCCCGCGUGCGAUCGCCGCUCGCCGCCCUCCGCCCCCCUCACGGCCUCAGCGCCGCGUCGAGCUGCCGCACCGCGUGGACUCGAAAUCUGCGCGGCGAUGCGGACGCGGCUGGCCGCGCGGGGAUGGGCGCGGAGGGGUGGGGAGGUGGCGGCGGGGAGGGGGCGGGGAAGGAGGACAGUGGGGCGGGUAGCGGGGGGAGGUUCGAGGAGGGGGACGGGAAGGGGGACGAUGGAAGCGGGGUGGGGGAGAGGGAAUGGGGAGCGCGCGGAAACAGCUGGCGAGAAGCGAUUGUAAGAUGGGGGCCCGUGGCGGUUGGUGCGCUGUGGCCCGCUGCUCGUGCAGAGACGGAGCGACGAGGUGCGGGUGCGGGGCCGUGCGUGCAGACGACAGGGAAGCACGUGCGGGAGAAGAUGAUGGGAUGGCGAAGGCAUGUUGUGACCGCGGCACGCGGGGGCGGCAGCAUGGCGGCAGCAGGAGUGGCGAGGGGCAACGAGGGGGGGGCGAGAGGUGGGGGAAUGCGCACAGGGGGCGGGAGGAGGGAAGAAGAGCCGAAGCCGUUUGAGGACGAAGACGAGUGGGGGACGGAGGGCGAGGAGGGGGAGGAGGGGGAGGAGGAUUGGGGGGAGGCGUAUUGGCGGGCUCAGCUGGAGCAGGCAGAGGGAGCAGAAAGGGGCGGAGGGAAGGGGAAGGGGGAGCAGCAGAGACGGAGGAAGGCAGGGGAGGGGAGGGAGGGGGAGACGGAGGAGUGGUGGCCGGGGCAGCGACAGCAGCAGAGGGGGGCGAGGGGGCGGGAGGAGGGGGCGGGGGGCGAGGAGGAGCUGGUGGAGGCGGUGGGCAUGGAGGUGGCGCACGAGCGCGCCAUGUACCGCCCGCCCAAGCCCAUCCUGGUGGGCCCGCCCCCCCCCUGGCAGGUGGCGGAGAGGGAGGGCGUGGCGGACCUGUGGCUCUCACGCCGCUUCCAGGGCGAGCACGUUCGCCUCAUGCUGCUGCUGCAGGGCCACGAGGGGGGGCUCGUGGAGGGGGGGGAGGGGGAGGGGGAGGGGGAGGGGGAGGGAGAGGGGGAGGGGGAGGAGAGAGGAGAGGCAAAGCGAAGGGCAAAAUGGGUUGAAGCAGCAGGGAAGGAGGGCUGGGUUGGUGAGGAUGGUGGCAGUGACAUGGGGGCCAGCAGUGCCACGUCAGCACAUGAGAGUGACACGUGCAUCCCCGCGCUGAUCAUCAUCAGCAAGCCCCUGCGCACCGCACAGCCAGACGCCGCAGUAGUGAGGAGUGCGGCGCCGGGUAGUGAGACGGCAGCAUGGCGCAUGGCGAUGGGCGUGGCUGGCAUGAGAGCACGGGGGGGCAUGGGGGGGAGCAUGGCAGGCAUGGGCAGGCCUGUGGGGCGGAUGAGGGGCGAGGGCGAGUGGCAGGAAGGGCAGGGUGGGAGGGCAGCAGCAGCAGUACAGGGUGGGCAGCAGGAAGCAGCAGCGGUGGAGGAAGGGGCAGCAGGGGGCGGCGAGGAGGAGGAGGAGGAAGCGCGCUUGCGAGUGCACUGCACCAUUGCCGGGGACACAUGGCUCGUCAACCACGUGGCUGUGGACGACCCAGCAGUGCACGAGGCAUCGCCCAGAAUACCCUUCGACUACACUCUUUAUGAUGCCCUGCCGCCCGCCAUCCAGUCCGCCAUGGAGUCCUUCCUGCGGCGGCGCGGGGUGGAUGGCCAGCUGGCGCGCUACGUGCGGCAGCUGCUGCUGCACCGCGAGGUCACCCAGGCCACGGCAUGGCUCUCCUCCCUGCACGCUUUCCUUGCCGGGUGCGCUGCCAGCACGAGACAGGCAGGCCGGGGGAAGCGAGGUGGGACGGGGGGACGACCGCCCGCUGGGACAGGUGCUGCCUCCACGCGGAGAGUGUCCAAUGCCGCUCGCUGGCGGUGACCCUUCCUUUGCUGCUGCCUGCUGCCCUUGGCAGGGACCUUUGGGCUCCAUUUAUGGGCUCACCUGGGUGUGUUGCAAGGGAUUUUAUCUGGAAGGGAUUUUAUCUGAUGGAGAGCAAGGGCAUCGCAAGUGUUGUUACAACUUCUUUCAUGCUUCGUGCAUGCUCUCCUGCUUUGCUGCUGGUAGCAGCGUGCUAGCACAUAUUCCAACAGUUUAAGAGCUCAAUCAAAACACUCGUACUCC